CUGUUUCAUAAGAAAUUCAUUUUUAAAUUUCUUAUUUAGGAUAAGAACAUCAAUCUAUAAGUUAUGAUUUUGACUGAGUGCUUUGAGAUUGAAUAGAUACUUAGAUUGAGUUUCCUGAUUCCUGAUUCAUUAAACAGUUAAUGGUGGAAAUAACAAAGACCAGAUGAAGCAUGCAUAAGUAGUAGAGUUGCUCAGGAAUUGAAGAACUUGGAAGACCAGAAGUUGCCCUUUAAGAAGACUUUGUCCCUGCUCAUUUUCAGUGCAUGUCUUAACAUUUACUUGGAAUUUAAUUUGAAAUGUUUUCAGUACCCCUGCAGUCAUAGUAUUUGGACUGAGUAAUCUGAAAAGAUAGGAAAAGACAGGAGAAUAGGAGAGAAGCCUCAUCAGCAUAACCACUGAACUCUAAAAUUUUGUCAAGGAUAUUCAGAUAGCAUUUAAAAAACAUAAAAAAGAUAAAAUCAUCUUGUCUUAGAGCAGGUUUGCUAUUGCAGAAAUGUAAAUCUUUUACAGGUCACCUGCUUGAUCAGGUUGAUGCAGUUCAGAGCUCAUCAACUUUACUGUGGAGCUGUGUGCACUCAUGUGUUAGUCACAAGGUUAGAAACAAAGGUCACCUAAUGUUCUCUGAGUCUGUCACAAAUAUUCAGAAUGCUGAAGACACCAGACGUGCUCCUUCUCCUUUGUCUUGUCGGGGCAGCGAAUGCCCUGUACAAACAAUGGAUUCCUGACACCAACUAUGAGAAUAAGACUAACUGGGACAAAGGAGCUGUUCCGUGUGGCAAUGACAUAGUUCAGUUUUCAGCCCAAAGAAAAGUGUCUGUGUUUGUGGAGACCACACAUGCUGUGCAGGAGAUGAAAUUUCCAGUUGAUGGAGAGUUCAUCCUGAACUCAGGAGCUGGAUUUUAUGUUGUGGCAGGACAAGAUCCAAGCUGUGGGCAAGGUGUUGUUACCCAGUUCAAAGAUUCAGACUCUCUGCAGUGGUUCAAUCCAGCACUGUGGCAGGCGGCAGCGACUCUGGAUGACCUGCAGCGGGGAAACUUCUUGUUCUCAGUCCAUGAGGAGAGCGUCCCUUGCCAGUAUGAUGAUGUGGUUUUUAAAGCCCUCUCAUCCUUCAGUGUGGACACCAGCUCCAGUCAGUCGAGCAUCCCUGUAAAAUCAGUGUCUGUGCAAGGGAAGGUGUUUGAUAGCAGAUCUGAGUUUUCACAGUAUCUCAGUUCACGCUCAGGUCAGCUACAGUUUCACGGAUCCUCUGCUGUCACUGUUGGGAACCCAGGCUGCGGGGAUCCUACUGGCUGUGAUUGCGGGAACUCUGUAAACCAUCAACGAAUCUGUAGCAGCGUAAAAUGCGCCUCCUUGAACUGUAAGAAGCCUCUCCUCCCUGUAGGACACUGCUGUGAGGUGUGUGGUGCCAUCGUCACCAUCCAGUAUGCUGCUGGUUUCAACCUGCAAACUUACAGGCAACGGAUCUAUCAACUUUUUCUCGCCCUGCCAAAAUACAAAUCCAUCCAGCUGGGCAUGUCUAAAGUCUUCAAGUCACAACGUUUGAUGGGAAUCAUCCCUUUUGGUACCUCACCUGAGAUCCAGGUGGCUAUUGUGGAUGGAGAGAAGGGAACACUUUCAGAGAACCUGGCCCGGGACAUAGUGAAUGAUGUUGAUUCUCAUGGGUCCAACUUUGGAAUAACUGGGGCUGGAUUUCAAGCCUCAUCUGGCAGCAGCAGUGAGUCUGGAGGUGGUGCAGGGUUGGUGGUUGGAGUUGUGUUUGGCGUUUUAAUUAUGAUCACACUCAUUAUCAUCGUGGUUGUCCUGAUUCGUAAGGGCAUUGUUCAAAUGCCAUCAGUGCCAUCACUGCCAUCACUGCCAUCAAUGCCAUCAAUGCCUUCGAUGCCGUCUCUGAGCAGCUUGAAGAGAAACACUGACAUUGGAGAACUUGGUGGGCCUCUUGACCACGGAUUUGAAAACCCCAUGUUUGACAAGCCUGAAAUGCUGCCUGAUAUUCUUGAGGCUAAAGCUAUUAAUUCAAUUUCCAUGACUCAGACAGGUGUGUACUAUAUAAAUCCAGUAUAUGAUGAAAAUGAAACUGAUUUUAAUGCCUGAG